CCGACAGACAUUCGACAAGUAAGAUGGCGGCGAUUAAUGUGAAAGGCGAAACGUUGUCGUAUUUCUACUUGUAAAUAAAGUAAUCGGUACCUUUUAACAUUGAUAACCUUACAGAAACGUAGCAAUAAUAUUAACAAAGUGUUAAGAACAAAGUGGACUGUUGUUUGUAUCACAAGACUUGAGUGGAGUUUCGUUUCACAAUAGACAAAACCCGUCGCAGCGACCACUCGAAGAGUCCUAGCGAGGCCAUAUUUAUGAUGUUAUCUGUCGUGUGAGCGUCCCCUGAAACCACAUUGAUAAAUAAUUGUUGAAACUAAAGGCGAUGGGGUGUUUUCUGUCAGUGAAGAUCGAAUAACAAAGUCAAGAUGACUAUUAGUGCUCGGAUUUAGUGGUAAUACAAUAGAUUUCAUGUGUACAAACUAUGGAUGAAAGUGUGGACUAUUGACAUAAUACAUACAUUGACACUAAACAUCACAUCACGGAGGUGGUAAUGGAUCCAGUAGGACCAUGGUCAGCAUAUGCUUCUUACAAUCGGCUAGCAGGGGUCCAGGCUGGUGCUGCGAGUGGGGAUUUCCAUCACCACCUUGCAAGUGGUGGCUCAGGAUUAGGCAGCCAGUCAGUGCCGUCUACCACAAGCCAACUGCUGCUACAAGCUGCACAUACUACAGCAUCGUUAGCAGGACAGCUUGGCUCAUCAACUGCAUCGCCCUUCAAUCCAGGGGGAUUCCUUUCUCCACCUGCCGUGGGCUAUGAUGCUGUGUUCUCACCAUUGUUUCAUCAUGCCAACCCAAAACCUGCGCAUUACAGUUCGUCUCUUCAGGCACAACAUCGACAAGUAAUAGCACAAGCUGCGGCUGCAUCUAAGCAAUCUUCAGUAGAAACAGAGCUAUCUUCUCUAAGGGAAAAUUACUCCCAUCAAACACUAGCUGCACAAGGAACUUCCUUUUUUGACCAGCCAUCAACCCCUGGCAGUACAGCUGGAUUAAGUUGGCAAGGAAACAAUCAACUUCCAAGUCCUUUUGGAAUAUUACCUCACGAAAGUGUUGUGCCGUCUUCACCGAGCCCAGCAACAACAAAAGCUUCAUCAUCAUACGAAAACUUUAACUUUGCUGCAGCUCAGACUUUAAAUAAUCAUCUUAACUCCCAGAUUUCUAGUGCAGCUAAACAGAGCAAUAGGUCUGGCUCACCAGCGACUGCAUCGAAACAGCCAGCAUCGUCAACAUCAUCAUCAACAUUUUUUCAAUCUCCGUCAUCAUUUGGAAAUCAGACUGAUAAUUCAUAUAGUACAAGCAGUGCAAAGAGUGGUCAACUUUCAUCGCAGCAGGAUUAUGCUGGAAGUAAGUCAUAUUCAAGUUCUGCAAGUACAACUGCUCAUUCCCAACAAUCGUGUAUUGUGUCAACUCCACCUGUGACAUCAUCCUCUACUCCUCCCAGCAAAGAUUACCGACCUUCCUCCAGUAUAACUUCCAGACCUUCUUCAUCAAUAUACAAUUCCCAGUCUCCCAAAAGCACAAGUAGUGAAAAAACAACACGCCCCCCUACUAGCAGUACUAGUACCAGUAGUUUUGUUUCUCCUACAUCUAAACCUCCCCAAGUGCAAACUAAAGCACAAAGCAAAAUUUAUCCAGAAUUAAGUAAUGAUCAAAGAAAGAGUUGUGAAUCAAAUGAUAAACUGCAACCCCAAUCUUCUCCCAUAAGUUAUUCUAUAAUGGAUGCACCUGGAAGAUUAAGUUAUAGUAGUGGUAGCUCCUCUAAAUCAAACAGAAUUGGCAGCUCACAAUACACUACUCAAGGGUCUAGCUUUAGACAUUAUCAGAGUGGCAAUAAUGUUGAGACAGAUUACCAUGUAAGAGCAAAAAGUAGUUCUAGUACAGAUACUGGCUAUUCAAGUAGCAGUUCUCAAAAUGGUCCCGAUUGUGGGGUAGUAGUUGCUAGAAGGAAUAGUCCUUCACAAGCUCCUGCCCAGACAUCACCAUUGGGCCAUGGGUCUAGUCCUGCUUAUCCUAUGUAUCAUAGUCCAAUGAAUUCUAUAAAUUCUCCCCAGCAACAUGGGGAUCACUAUAACAAAGCUAACAGCACAGCUCCGCGAUCGCCACUUGACGCGUCUGUUACUCGGCCGCCGUCACAGAACAGUCAAGUGGCAUACCCCUCUGUUAUAACCAGAGCUCUUGGUAUUGAACAGAGUAAAAAUUAUUCUGAAAAUAGGUAUGAGCGCAACCAAACUCAAUCUUCCAAUUCAAGCUGCUGGGAAAAUGACCGUCAGUCAUCCAGAAAAUAUACUAGUAAUAGCAGUACUAACAGUUACAAUAAUGGCACGAGUCUGCCUGAAAAUACUCAUGCUGAAGAACCUGCCCCUCAGAGUCAAUCAUCAACCCAUAGACUGAACUUAACUGAUAAACCCCAUACUUAUUUUGAUGCUAACAAUGUUGCUUUACAAGAUCUAUCUAGCUGUCGAGGUGAUCCCAUGACAAUAGUGAAAAAUUUACAAAGUUUACAACAAAGUUGUCAAUUACAAGAAGCAAAAACUACUAAGAGUCAAAAUCCAACCACCCCUUCAUCAAGUAAAUCGAUUCCGCGGCGAAAGAGCACAGAAAAACCGGUUUCUCAUUCAAACAUGAAUGAGAUAUCAAAUGCUGUAAUGGCAGAUUACUUGGCAAAUAGGAUACCUCCUCCAGCACAUAGCUCAACCAGUAAUCAACAGCAAAAUGGUAGCUAUUUUGAUUUUGAAAGAUGGAACCUUCCACCUCCUCCACCCAAAAUGUUUCCUGGCACAUCUGCUUUUGGGUCCCAAGCUUCCUUACACGCCACGAACUUCGCCAACCAACACCAAUUAGCUAUGCCUCAUGGACAUGCACUAACAUAUUUCCCGCCCUUUCAUCUAGGACCCCAUCCUGAUUUCCAGUCUUCCGUGGAGUUAACACCACUUUCGUCAUUUAGUGAGACACCACCUUCGGCUUCCUCGUCAUCUUUUUCUACGCCUGAAACACGUGAAGAGGAACAGCCUAAGGUGGUAGUACCUAAUAUAGAGGAAGAACUUGGUUUCCUUGCAGAACAACGGGCAAAUACGGCAUCUUCGGUAGCACCCACUUCACAGCAGCCGAACAUAAACAGCACUUCACAAGACACUACUUCAAAAAUAAUGGAAAAAAAAUUCAAUGUCCCAGUCACGGGCCCCGGUUCAGGGUUCAUGGCUUCUUAUUUGAAAUUCCUUCAAGGAGAGCGGGAUACAUCUCCACCGCCGGCCGGCAGAGGCGCCAGAAAGUCGACUUGGUCGAGAACAAACACCAAUAGCAAUACAAAUAAUAAACCGUACUCGCAAAACGAUCACAAUAAGUGUGAUUCGCAGCAAAGUUCUAAUGGCGCCAUGGGCUCGCCUAAUGUUUUAAACUCGGGUAUGCCGUUGAGCAAUCCUAUGAGUUCAAAUAUGAGUUCAGCAGGCUUGUUGGGUGCUAACCAAUUACAUGGUGCGGCUAAUCUACUCGGUUCACAAUCGAAAGGUGUAGAGUUGGACGAUCCGCGUUAUUAUAAUUUGAAUAAGGAUAGAAAACGUAAAUACGACGGUAGCGACGAGUCUGCCUAUGACGCAGAGGAGGAAGCGAGAAGGCUGAACAAGCCUGUCCUUAACGUGCCUAGUACGCCUUUGAACGACAAAGGCAAGAAGGGCCGGACGACAAUGAACAAGCCGACGCCGUCGGCCGUCGUAGCGCCUCAGCCGGCCGCGCCUAAGAAGCCACGACCGCCUGCGCCGCCGCCCGUGGCCUCGCUGCAGGCAGCGCCACAGCAACAAUACUAUUACCAACAUCAGCCUGACGAAGUUUCUGCACACGCGGCGAGCUUGGGCUAUGGCAUCUACGGAACGGACAACGAAAACGCCAGCAGAAAGUUGCAACACAUAAAAUCUCAUCAGCAAAUCUCCAAUGCGGGUCAAAUUGACAACAAUAGACCAAUAGAAGAAAUGCCUUAUCAGUCUGGUGAAUUCGUGGCAAUAAAAAGUGAACUUAAUGAAAUGUGGCCAGCUAUUUGGCGAGUAGAUGGUAAGACGUUGUUACAAAAGUAUGAGCCUUUUGAAGAAAACGGUAAAGUUUUGUACAGAAAUAUUUCUACGUAUGCAGCAUGGAAUCCUGAAAAUAAAAAGUUGUACACUCAAGUUCCAGUGAAAGUGCGUACACAAUCUCAUUUGGAAACAAUAGUAGAAUUAGUUAGGAGUGAACUGCCAUUUGACGAUUGUAGUUUUAUAGAAAAAAGAAUGUUAGAAACUCAAAUGUACCAGGAAAAUUUCGAAGUCUACAUACAGACUUUGAUUUCCCAUGCACUGGACCCCAAUUUUCUUACUGAAAUAUUUCAAGAACAAGACGAGUACUUCCUAUCGAACGUCAAAACGGUCGACGAAGUAACGGAGACGAUGCGAGCGCGCGUAUCUUGCAGCGCGGGCGGCGCCACCGCGGCGGGAGGCGGCGCGCGCUCGCUAGACGCCGCUGUAGGCACGUGGCCUGGGCUCAGCGUAGCCGCUGGUGCUGGCGUGUGUCGCGCCUGCUCAAGAGCGGCGGUAGCGAGGCUGUUACUCUAUGGACAGCCUUAUAACCCAGCUACGUUAGAGCCGGUGCAGCCGGACGCGAGAUUGGCGUAUGAAAAGGAAUUCUUAGUGUGUGCAUCGUGUUGUGGAAGGGUACAGUUAUACUCAAGAAUAUCACAUCAGAAGUACCUUAUGUAUGCGGAGUGCAGUAAAAGAGUCGCCGAGAAGAGAAUGCAGAACCCCAGUAAAGACACCACAGUAAUCCUUAACGAAUUAUUGGCAGACGAAGUCUGGCUAUCACAAUUAUUCCGCGACGUAAGACACGCGUGGGCGGAGGCGGAGGCGUGGGAGCGGAAGCUGCGGCAAGUGCUGGGCAGGCACAUGUAACCCCACCACCCCUCCAUCCCUUCCCCCCCUCCCACACGAUACCUGUGAAAUAAGUGCUGUAUGUAUAUCUACUUGUUUUUGUAUUUUAUUAUACGACGUAUUAGCAUUUAAAAAACAUAUUUUUUACAAAACGGGACAGGAUAAUUGUUAAUUUUGUGCGAGCUUUAGACGUGCGGACUAAAACGGGAUUGCGAUUGAGAAACUCGUAUCACAAUUAAAUUUUGUUAUUUUUAAAUGGCAACGUGGUGAUGGAUAUUAAUACUCCCUAAGGCGAAUCAGCUGCUCUGACAGUUGUUAUUUUUGUACCAAACUGAGUAAUAAAAUAAAAACGGUGGUUAUAAAAGUUGACAGUGUCUAGUAUCGUAAAAUGGGUACCAUAUUAAUUUUAGGGCACAAUACAUAAGGC